GCUGGGCCCAUAGUUUCGGCCUUCUCCGCCCUCGCGGAGCGGUCACCAAUAUGGCAAUUUUGAACCCUAAAUUCCCAAUCCUCUUUAUCACCCGUAGUCACUCCCUCGCCGGCCACCGAGUUUUACAUCGCCGCCGUCGGAGGUUUAACCAUUCGGCGUCCCAGCUCCUCCCCGGCGUCUUCACUCUCCUCCUUGAAUCCUUCUGGGGUUGCGCAUCGUACACUAAUUUGAUUUCUCCUCAUAACUUGAAGAGCUGAAGUGGAGAGCUUGAACGUAGCAAAAAAAAAUUCAACCAUGAAGGUCUUCCAAAUCAACGGAAACAACACUCUUUCUCUCGCCCUCUUCGCCGAAGUCGCCAAUUCCAAGGAGCUUCUUGAUUCUAUGCAAGCUGGGAAUCUGGAGCUGGAAGUUGCGUUUAUGAAUGCAUCACUUAUCCCCGAUGUUUUCCCUGUUCUCGCUGCAGCACACAAGGCGCUUGUGUCAAAGUCUCGGGAUUCAUUGACAACCCGAACGCUUCAUUCUGAGCUUGUCUACAAUAUUUCAGGAUCCAAGCAUAUUACAGAGUCCUUGAAACGAUGUGGUAUCUCAGACAGCUGUACGUACGUCCUCGCAGCUCGCUUCAAUGCCUCGCCGGAAGAUAUGAAAGUGGUAGAAAAACUUAUCAACGGCAAAGAGGUCGACUUAGAGGAGCUGGAGAGCAGAGCAAACCAAGCUCAGAUCCUCAAGCAUUACAAAAUCUCCGCGAUGGAGCUGGGGAUUUCCUCACUUGCUGAUGCCAUUACAUGCCGAAUAGCUUCCCGGGAUGCCUUGUGAGGAAAGAUAAGGACGUAUUGUGCUUGAAGUAGUCGAAGGCCACUGUGUGCAUCCAUAAACCAGCUAUCUUUUUAUCUUAGUAGGCUGCAGUUUAAUGCUUGGCUCUGUAGAGUAAAAGAAUGUGAGUUAUUAUAUACUUGGGGAUGAAGAAAUGUUGGCGAACUAGGCGUCCCAUUUUUACCCGCGUCUUUUAUUUGUCCGUUAUUAUUGUUACGUUGAAAUGUAUUGUAUUGUAUACCGAGCCAUCCAAACACGGUGUUGACACGUGGAUGGGACAGCGGCAACCGGUUGCUUCAUACUGAAGCAAGAGGGCGGGGACGUCGUUUUGACGCUGCUUGAACCGGGAACAGCCGGUGAUUCUCCCUAUUGCCGCUCCUUUUUCUUGUUGCUCCCCGUUCUUUUUCACUUUGUCCUUUUCCUUUUCAUCAGUUGUGCUCAACUUUCAAAAAUUGUCAUUUGAGGCCAGAAUGAAUUUUGGUUUUUGGUUAUUUUCCCUAAUUGAGUUUUAAUCACUAGCUUGUUUUAAAUGUAGAAUGAGAGGAUAAUGUUAAUCGGCUAUUUGAUUGUAGGUUACAUUGAAAGCCAUUUCAGUCUGUUGAUAAUUGCAGUGCCGGUCUAUAAUUGUCCGAGAACCAUUAGUUAUUGGGUAGUUUUAUCAAUGUAACUUGCUGAUCGACUAAUCGAAUACUCACCCAUACUUGGCAGUCGAUAUAUUAUGCUACGAAGGUAAUGGUAAUUUGAUUGCGAAGUGGGAGAUCGUGCAAAUUGAAAUCUCGAACACCCUCGGGAAGUAAAGACAGACCGACCGGUAAACAACGAUUUUCAAAAUGGAUGAAGCUCAUUUGAAAGAAACAAUUUUUUUAGUUACUUGACGAAUGGUAUGAAAAUAUCCUGAAUGAUCAUUGUUUGCACUUUUCUACAUUUUAAUUUUAGUUACUGGUAACAAAUAUAACGAAGCUUAGGGG